AUGGAGCGUCAUGGUUUUUACAAGAGCCACUUUUCUGAACGAGAGGGGAUGGCAGUUUCUGCAGUUGCUUUACAGGAUCAUAUAAUACACAGUCAUCAGCUCCAGGAUCUUUCAUUAGCAGAUCCUUUUAAGUCAAGGAAUAUCAGGAACAUUUACAAACCUGUGAACAAACAGAUGGCCAAAGCAGUAAUAGAUACUGGACUACGAAAAAAGAGCACUCACCACAAAAAUAAAGAAGAUGCAGAAAGGGAGUAUGUGCUUGAUCCCAAUCCUCCCCGUCUAACGUUAGCUCAGAAAUUAGGACUAGUUGAGCCCCCUUCCUUGCCACUAACUCCUGAAGAAUGGGCAAAAAUAAAGCAGAGAUCCAUACAGCAUGGGGAUUCCAUACAGCCUUGUGCAAUAUGCAGGGAAGAGUUUGCACUUCAGCCUCAGGUGCUGCUUUCAUGUUCCCAUGUAUUCCAUAAAGCAUGCCUGAAAGCCUUUGAAAAAUUUACAGGUAAAAAGUCUUGUCCUAUGUGUAGGAAAAAACAGUACCAGACCAGAGUAAUACAUGAUGGCGCCCGCUUGUAUAAAAUAAAGUGUGCUAUUAGAAUUCAAGCCUCCUGGAGGGGAUAUAUUGUUAGAAAAUGGUAUAAAAACUUGAGAAAAACAGUGCCUCCUAAAGACAGCAAACUAAGAAAACAGUUCUUUGAGGAAAAGGUUCAACAGAUCAGCAGUCGCCUGUUGAGUUCUUAUGACAUAAACCUAGAUGAAUUUUUUGCUGAGAUAGAUUCCACUAUAGCUGCAAGUCGAGAUGUGUUUCAGCAGGUGGAAGAAAAAGAAAUAUUUGUAAGUGAAAAUGACUGGGAGAAGAUCCAGAUGCAGGCAUUGCGGCAGGAGAUAGUUGACUGUCCUAUCUGUAUCAUGCCACUCAGUUCGACUUCUCAACUGGCCAGCAUCCUUUCUGGUAACAGCAAUCAGUUUUCACGACAGGCUGUUCUGCUUUCUUGUUCACACCUGUUUCAUCAUACCUGUCUUCAAGCAUUUGAAGAGUUUUCCUUGGGAGUACGGCACAUUUGUCCUUUAUGUCGCUCAUAUUACCAAAAGAAGGUCCUCGAAUGUUGAUCCAUAUAGCUCAAUGAACGUCCUCGUAAAAAUAGGUGACAACACAUGUACUUCUAACCCUGGAGCCUUUUCAGAUCCAGAUCUUUCAAGAACAAACAGUUUUUGUAUGUACUAUGGUAUUCACUUUGCAUUUACAGAAAUAAAAGUUAGAAGGGUGCUGUUGCUUCACUUUUAUAUUGAGUUUCACCUUUGGUCUCGGCAUUUUUCUCUCCUCCCUCCCUCUGUCACUCCCACCUUUCCCAGAGAUGAUGCAUAGUUGAUUUCAGCAUUGUGUUCCUUCAGCAAAAGACCACUGUUAGCCCUUACCUGUGUGUUUUUCUGCCUGCUAUUUUGUAGCACUUGUACUGUAUUCUGUUUGUGUGUUCUACAGAUCAGCUGCUUAAUAAUUCAGCUGAAAGGCAGCCAGAAAGCUGUCUAUAGGGCUUUCAGAGACUGUUAUUGUUAAGAAUUUGUGGAGAAUGUGUGAUGCUGUAAAGGACUAGCAAUUGAUAACCCUAUCUUGAAACCAGGGAGGAAAAAAGAAAUCCUGAGGAUUUGCACAGUUUCUCUUCCUAAAAAAAAAAAAAAAAAAAAAAAAA